AUGCCAAACAAUCGGGACGGAAUGGGAGACAAACCACUACCAAACCACCCAGUAAUGUCAAGGAAACAGCCACCGUCUAGCCACCACCGCGAUCCAAACCCACGACGGCUGUCCAGAACUGGUAGUUUGAAGCAGAAUUCGUCUCAACAAAGCCAGCCACCACUUCCACCUCGAAGUCGAGGGGCGAUUGGAGAAACUGAACACAUCUACUCAAACGAAGAAAGGAUGCUCAGAAACGAAGGCGACCAAAUUCGAAGUCAAAGCCCUGGAAAUAUUGCAGCCUCUCGCUUGGAAGCAGGAGAGCAUCCAGCUGCUGCGACCUCUAAAGAGGAAAAGAAUCGUAACGGGGAACGAGAAUAUGAUGUUAUUGUUGGCGAUGUUGAGCAAAUGGCAGCAGAGCUUAUAGAGAGUCGGAGACUUCUGCACGAGACCCAGAAGCGCUACGACGAAUCGACUGCAGAACUUUCCUCGCGGCACAUUGUAGACCCUUUCAGGAAGGGAGACCAAAUCAUUGCCAGAGAAAUAGACGGACUGCGAAGCGAUAUUCGGUGAUGGAGUAAGAAUUUCCAGCAAUUGGGUCAAAGGUCUGGAAUUGCGCAGACCCUCAAGAACUUUGUGAAUCCACCAGAUCCAGAGUACACCUUUUUCCGGAUAGUCACACCUGACUAUCGGCAGUAUCUGAACGCCGACGGAAAAGAGCAGUCGCUGCUUAUCCAAAGCUUUAUUUAG